GCCAAGAGGUGGCGGCGGUGGGAAGCGGCUUCUGAAGGUCGCAGAGCUCUUUUGUUCCUCCUCUGCCAAGUGGAGACCACGCACACCGCAGCUUUGCCGGCGAACGUAACCCGCAGCGUGCACGACUCGGUGACCCAGCGCGGAUCCCCGGGGCCGAGGGAGGGGGCGGGGCCAGGGAGUCCUGCCCCCGGGGGCGGGGCCAAGGGCUGCCUCCGAACCCGGCUUUGGGCGCGGGGGUUUGGUGUCUCCAGGUUAGAAAAACACGUGCAAACCUGAGCAGAAGCCACUCAACUCGCUCGGAACUGCACGACUGAGCGCGCGAGCCAGCCCAAGAUCCCCUGCAGCCGGAAGGUUACAGCCGCGGGAGCCCUGGAGGAGGCGGCGGCGGCCCAGGCCCGAGCAGCAGCGCCGGGGAAAGUAGCAGGAAGACAAAAGUGUACUCUCAUAGGAAUUUGGCACUGGAGAAAGAAGCUUCUGAGAAUCCAUUGUGCACUGCGGCAACCUCAGUGUCCACAGGCCUGUCACCCCUGCACCCAAAGCUGGACUUGCAAGCUCUGGCCUCUGGGCUGUGCUUGACCUCCACGGCCUCUGUACCAGCUUUAUUUGUUCUUACCCAGGUGAAGGAAGAAAAUCCUCCCAAGGAUGGUGUCCCGCUCAGAGUUGAGGAAACUUUUCUGUUCAGCUGAUGCAGUAUGUUUUGAUGUGGAUAGCACGGUCAUUAGAGAAGAAGGCAUUGAUGAGCUGGCCAAAUUCUGUGGUGUUGAGGAUGCCGUGACGGAAAUGACCCGGCGAGCCAUGGGUGGGGCAGUACCCUUCAAGGUUGCCCUCACAGAGCGCUUGGCGCUGAUCCAGCCCUCCAGGGAGCAGGUGCAAAGGCUUCUAGUGCAGCAUCCCCCCCACCUGACCCCCGGGAUAAGGGAGCUGGUGAGUCGCCUACAAGAGCGAAAUGUUCAGGUUUUCCUCAUAUCUGGUGGCUUUAGGAGCAUUGUAGAGCAUGUUGCUUCAAAGCUCAAUAUCCCAGGAACCAAUAUAUUUGCCAAUAGGCUGAAAUUCUACUUUAACGGUGAAUAUGCAGGUUUUGAUGAGACGCAGCCGACCGCAGAAUCUGGUGGGAAAGGAAAAGUUAUUAAACAUUUAAAGGAAAAAUUUCAUUUUAAGAAAAUUGUCAUGAUUGGGGAUGGAGCCACAGACAUGGAAGCUUGUCCUCCUGCUGAUGGUUUCAUUGGAUUUGGAGGAAAUGUGAUCAGGCAACAAGUAAAGGACCACGCCAAAUGGUACAUCACUGAUUUCGUAGAGCUUUUGAGAGAACUGGAAGAAUAAUCUCAAUUUUUAUACAGUUCAUUAACAACUUCAGAUUAACUUUUUGAAGUUAUACAGAUGGAUACUGUUUGCUUACAACUGCCUAUUACAACUUGAUGUAUAAAUGUGGCACUGAUUAGCUGUACUUUUAGGUAAACUGCAGUGAGGGUGCCAAGAAAAUUCCUUUUUUUAUUAAAGUUCCGGUAUUAUUAUGACCACUAAUUACCUGGAGAGUUUUAUAAUCGGAAUACUUUCAUAUAUUUUCCUAGCUAUAUUUGAAGCCUUUUAAAGAUGGGUAGGAAAUUAAACACCUUCAUUCUUGGAACUAUGGAUUAGGCAGCUGUAAGUGACUGUUAGUUUUCCUUUUGGUAUAUAAAUAAAAACUUAUCCAUGCGUCAGAA